CUAGCUUCUGUUUCCCCCCCUCUUCCCUUCUGCUCAGCUGGUUGAUUUAUCUUUAAAAACCAUUUUUGUAUUGUUUUGUAAAAAGAGAUUUGUGCCCUCAUCUUUCAGCAGAAGCAUUUGGCUUUGUAAUUAAUAGAUUGAUUGCCAUUGGCAACAAAGGCAAGCAGAAGAAUGAAUUGAACUUCAAGAAAAUUUCUUAGAAUUGGCUAUAGUGAUAUAACAGAGCAAUAACUGCGUCAAGGACCAACUACCAGCAGGCAGAGAAAAACUAAUCUUUGCACUGGAUGGAUGGACAUCAUGCUGGAUUACUACAAAAUCUUGGAUGUUCCCCGAAGUGCUUCUUUGGUUGAUAUUAAAAGAGCGUACAGGAGUAAAGUGCUCAGAUGGCACCCAGAUAAAAAUCCAGACAACAGGAAAGAAGCCGAACAAAGAUUCAAGGAGAUCGUGGAGGCUUACAAAGUCCUUUCAGACAAAAGUACACGUGACCACUAUGAUGAAAGCAGCAAGGAUAUUUCGAAAGGAACAAAGAAAGCUGAUGAUGAGAAACAUCUGUCUGUGUUUGAUCAGGAUGGUAUGAAAAUCUUCUUCACAGGACAACGUUCCUCUUCAGAUUUUUCUGUAUCCUUCUUCAGUGCUCCUAAAAGGUUCCACCACUUUUCCAUUAUGACUGCCUUCAUCAAUGGCAAAAAAAUCACAACCAAAAGACAUCUUGAGAAUGAAAGCAAGUACUUGGAAGUUGAAGAGGACGGGAAGACGGUAUCUAUCCAUGUUAAUGGCAUACCUGUUUAUGAUAGAGAAUAUUAUGGAGCACCAGGAAAUGAGUGGGAUUACAGGCUGGACAAGUGGCAUCAUUGCUCAGGCAGAUGGCGUCAUUGGACAUGUGAAAAGCGUCGAUGGGCUGAUGAGUGGCGGGGCUGGGCAAACAAAUGGCGGAACUGGGCAGAAGAGUGCCGAAACUGGGCACAAGAAAAGCAUCACCAGGAAGACAAGGGUUCUUCUGGGACUUCAGUUGGGCAUCAUAAAGCAGAUGCAGAAUGUCCAAAGGCUGAGGAAUAUUCCAAAUCAGACAAGGGUUGCCAUAAGCCAGGGGCAAAGUAUCCUGGAUUUCCCAUGCCAGGAGAAGGCAAAACAUCUGUGAAUGAGGGUUUCUCAAAGACAAAUAAGGGACAACUUCGGCCAGAAGAAGAAGACACCAGAUCAGACAAAGGGUAUUUUGUGUUUCCCAAGCCAGGUGAGAAGAAUUCUGAUCUGGAUAAAGGGCACCACAGGACAAUCAAGAAGCAGCACAGGCCAGAGGACAAGGGCAAUCCUGGAAUUCAUAGGCCAGGGGAGGGACAUGAUGAUGGGCAUAUCAGAACAAAAAAGGGGCAACCUAGGCCAGAGGAGGGACAAUCCAAGCUAGGCAAGAUGUAUCAUGGAUCAAAAAAGUCAGAUCAGGCGUCUCCUGGUCACAAAACAUCAGACUCUGUGUGUAGUGAAGCUGCUAUGAAACACAAGACAGUUUCUGACUACAACUCGCAGGCUGAGAAUAGAAAACUUCAUAUUGGGGGAUACAAGCAACUGGAUGAAGAAAACAACCAACAUGCUAUAAAAAAUGAAAAUCGUCCUAGAAAGAAUGAGCUGAAGGAUGAAAAACAGGGACCUAUUGGUGAGAAUGGUGGGUUAACUUUUGAGUCUGAAUCAGACAGAGCAUCAGAAUUAAAUGAUAUGAGGAAAAAGUCUCCUGUAUAUGCUAAAGUCCCUCACAAACCAGUGUUGACUAUCUGUGGUGCCAAAGGGCUUCGAACAAGAAAGCCAUAUGCCAAGAGAAGCAAGUCUCAUAUUGGGAGGAACAAGUUAUGCAGCAGUAGGAACAAAUCACAGGCAGGGAAGAAUAGAAUGUCUGAUGGGCACAGGAAAACAACUCCUGACUCUUUGAAUGGAAGCAGGGAGGUGGCUCCUGAUAGGAAGAAGACACCAGUAGAUUGCAAGUAUACUCCACAAAGUAGGAAUAAAGGUUCCCUUCCACCCCUCCAGGAAGAUAAAAUUCCUCUCCUGAUGAGAAAGAGACUGCCCAGGAGGAGGACACACAACCUUCCUUCUGAAACCAGGGAUGAAAAGUAUCAGUUCAUCUCUGAAAUUAGUCAGUCCCUAGACAUAAAUAGCCAACAGCAAGGGAGAUUGAUUAAAAUGCCCCGGACCAGUUCAUGUCUUCCAAGCAUUCGAGGCCAAAAAUUUGGAAUGGAUCAGCUUCCAAAUGUGACCCGUUGACCACGGUUGUGAUCAAGUUAGCUCUCACACAUGUAAGCCCAAAGACUUGCUCACACUAGUGAUCAUUCCGAUUUCUGCAUUCACACCAUGUUGUGAAGAAUUCCACAUAUGCUGGGUUCCAAAUUCCAAUAGAAUGGAGAGUUCCAAGAGACCAUGGUCAGCAGAAGAGGAGUAGGGUUCCCCCCAAUAAAUACAGAAUGUAACUCUUGUUGCUUUAGUAUGUGUAUAUUAAUGGGUGACAAAAGAGAGAUUUGUGCAUUUAGCUUCUCCACACCUGUUGUUCAGAAAUCUGAACAUAUUUUUGCCCACUAUGGUUUUUUUGGUUCAUUUAUUUCCCUAAUGUAUUUUGGUUGCAAAAUCUAGGCUUGUGGACAGGAGGAAAGGUAAGUAGG